UUUUUUUCUGUGGCACCGAGUGGAGGCAUCAGGGGGUUGGAGCCUUGUGAUCAGGGAACCUGCCCCCAGCACUUGGAAGGACCUGGAUUUCAGUGAUGAGACAUGGGGUAUGAUGUAACACGUUUCCAGGGGGAUGUUGAUGAAGACCUCAUCUGUCCUAUUUGCAGUGGAGUCUUGGAGGAGCCAGUGCAGGCACCUAAUUGUGAGCAUGCUUUCUGCAAUGCCUGCAUCACCCAGUGGUUCUCUCACCAGCAGACGUGUCCAGUGGAUCAGAGUGUUGUGACCCCUGCCCACUUGCGCCCAGUCCCUCGGAUCAUGCAGAACAUGUUGUCCAAGUUGCAGAUUGCCUGUGACAACGCUGUGUUUGGCUGUAGUGCUGUUGUCCGGCUUGACAACCUCGUGUUUCACCUCAGAGACUGUGAGCACAACCCCAAACAGCCUGUGACCUGUGAGCAGGGCUGCGGCCUGGAGAUGCCAAAAGAUGAGCUGCCAAACCAUAGCUGCAUUAAUCACCUGCGUUCAGUGGUCCAGCAGCAACAGACACGGAUUGCAGAGCUGGAGAAGACCUCAGCGGAACAUAAACCACAGCUGGCGGCACAUAAACACCAGCUGGCGGAGCAGAAGCGAGACAUCUACCUGCUCAAGGCAUCUAUCUGUGCAAUCCGAAGUGUCAACCCCAACCUUAAUUAUCCGGAGGAGACAAUCGAAUUCAAUGAGACCCUAGAGUGGGUGAACUCCCUGCAGCCAGCAAGAGUGACCCGCUGGGGCAAGAUGAUCUCCACUCCUGAUGCGGUGCUCCAGGCUGUCAUCAAGCGCUCGCUGGUGGAGAGUGGCUGUCCUGCCUCCAUCGUCAACCAGCUGAUCAAAAACGCCCAUGAGCGGAGCUGGCCCCAGGGUCUGGCGACCCUAGAAGCAAGACAGAUGAACCGCCGAUUCUAUGAGAAUUACGUGGCCAAGCGCAUCCCUGGCAAGCAGGCUGUUGUCGUGAUGGCCUGUGAGAACCAGCACAUGGGUGACGACAUGGUGCAGGUGCCUGGAUUGGUCAUGAUCUUUGCGAAUGGCGUGGAAGAAAUAUGA